AUGAAGGAGGCCAGUACAGUGUUCCAUGGCUGUGGGGCUGAGAGGAGAUGUCAGACCGGCUCCACUUUCGGUUAUAAUUGCAAGGCUGGAAUCUGCGACUAUGUUUGCACCUCUGACGCCUGCUCGCAUAAGGGUAAACCCAUGCUAACACCGAAAGGUAAGGAGCCCGUGAAAAUCGAGUCACUCUACUUUGAUGGUUGUCUCUCUCCGUUCUGCUUCAAGGGCGACUUUGAUGGCUUCCAUUGCAACCGUGGUCACUGCGCUUUCGCCUGUAAUGACGACAUGUGCUUUGACGCGGAGAGCUACGACAGAGCCUUCCCGAAGCCCACACCUCCUCCAGAACCGGAAAAGAGCCCUGAGGAGCAAUUUGAUUUUGGCAAGGAACUUCAACAAAUCCAGUUUAGCAAGUUCUUCAAUUUUGGUGACACGCCCUUCUUUUAA